AUGUCGUCGCGCUACUCCGACGCAACCUCUCUCAGCGCCCAAGUCUACUACUACACCUCCACCCUCACCUACGCCUUCCUCGCCGCCUCGGCCAGCAUCCUCGCCCUCGCCCUCAUGCUGUACCCGACCGCCGUCCUGCGCUGGCUGCAGCGCAAGCGCUACCAGUACGAGGUCACCUUCUCGCUGUACAUGCUCACCCCAACCGAGAAGUUCAUCUUCAACUCGUUCGUCUUCCUCUUCGCCAGCAUGAUCGUCAUCGCCGCCUCGCUCUACCUGCCCGAGCACAUCUCCUUCCUCGUCAACCGCGCCGCCUACUACCUUGCCGGUGAGACGGCCGGCGCCCCGGAGAAUGCCGCCGGCGCCAACACGAUAUUCCAGACCUCCGUCGCUGCCGUCAAGGCCACCGCGAAGGCCGCUGCUGCCGCCGCUGCCCGCGUCGCCGACCAACAACAAGACCGUGCUGCUGCUGCUGCUGUCCCGGCCAACGGCGCUGGCAUGAUGGAGCUGUGA